GUGGUGUGUAGCGUGUUGUGUGGCCAUGGCAGCAACACUCACUUACUCCUACUGCAAGCCUUCCCCAUUCCUCGGCCAAUUUCCCCCUAACUUUGGGAAAGGGAAAUCAUCAGUUGGACAAAGCAUCAGGAAUCCAGUCUAUGCCUCUACAAUUACUGCACUAUUUUGGGGAUCUAACAACAAAUCCCUGCAAUUGGAUUUUUCAAGAGAUUUUACUUUACCCCCUUCUUCUUCUGCCCAACAGACAACACCUCAAAAGCUCUCCAUCUCUGUUGUUUCUUCAAUUUUGGAGGUCUCACCCCAUGCCUGGGAUGCUUGUACUUUGGAUGCCUCCGGUGCUCAAAACUUUAAUCCUUUUCUUACCCAUGCCUUUCUUUCAAGUUUAGAACAGACUGGUUGCGCUGUCCAGGAAACUGGAUGGAAGCCCUGCCAUAUUGUUGCUAAGGAUGAAUCUCAAAAUAUUUUAGCUGUUGUUCCACUCUAUCUUAAGAGCCACUCCUAUGGUGAAUUUGUUUUCGAUCAUUCCUGGGCUGAUGCCUACUACGGUAUUGGAUCAAGAUACCAUCCGAAACUUCAAUGCUGUGUGCCUUUCACUCCUGUUACUGGUCCAAGGAUCUUAAUCCGCAAUACUUGGUGUAAAGAUCAAGUCUUUGACAUUAUGGUCUCUGCUCUCAAGGAUCUGGCAGCCAAGUCUCAGGUUUCUUCUUUGCACAUUACCUUCCCAUCUGAAAAUGAAUGGCACAAACUCAAGGACAAAGGAUUCCUACAAAGGAUUGGAAUGCAGUACCACUGGAAAAAUCGAAACUAUAAAAAGUAACUGAUUAGUAAAAACCUUUUUUCAUGGUCUCAGCUUCAUGUUUGUCAGUGAUAUUAUGAACAUUUGAAAAGGAAAGCUAAACUAUUUUAUAUUCUUUUUGAUAUUCAAAAACUCAACACCAGACAUUUGAAAUGGAAAAGGGGCCAUUGUUUAUAGGAAUAGGAAAGAGUAUGUAACUUAUAAAAUGCUUUAAUUUUG